AGCUUUCUCGCAAAUUCUUGCGAAUCGAACUGUCAAAACGUCACCUAACCUCAUUAUUUAAUGCAAAUAAACAAUUUUUUGCAACAGUUUUUACCAUGAUAGAAGUAACGGCGAAAUUAUUGCACGGUCAUGUCUUUCUAUCCGGUGAAACGGUCGAGUGCAGCAUUUCGUUCAGUCACCCACCCCUGGCCUCCCACAGGGUGUCCCAAAGCCACACAGAUGUUUUCGAAAGUUUAGCCUGGGCUGCUGCCCAAAUCCAUUGCCAGUGUUUCACUGAUUCCAAAAUACAGAAGGACACAGACAGAGCAAGUCUACAACCUACGUUUGCCGACACGGCUUUGGGGGCAACUAGUCAGGAAUCGGGUCACAUUGAGAUUGCCACAAAGCCAAAAAUUCUGUUCUGUGACUUGAGAUUAUCCCCAGGACAAACUAAAACCUAUAUUUACAGAGAGAAAGUUCCAUCAGACUCUCCACCCUCUUACAGGGGACAGCUGGUCAAGUACUCAUACAAAAUUAUUAUAGGAACACAAAGGGUUAACAGUCCUGUUAAGACACUCAGAAUACCAAUAAGGGUGUUACCACUGUAUGAGGUGUCGCUCACUGACGCUGGGGCCUUGUGUAACGAAACAACAGAAGAGUUGGCCCCAGCUAAUCCAUUUUUGGAGAUAAGGCAAAAAGAAACGUCCCUAGACAUCUCCUUGCAAACACUACAAAACAUAACUGCAAGGCGUAAUCCCAAUUUUUACAUGAUUUCUAAUACUUGGGGCAAAGUGGCGCGGUUUUGUCUUUUUAAACCUGCCUACAAACUUGGCGAAGACAUAAUUGGGACCUUUGACUUUACGGUCGCCACAGUCAAUUGUGUCCAAGUCUCUGUUUCCCUCCAAUGUGAAGAGGAAACUACAAUUGAUGUAAAUAGGGAAAAGUCGAAACAAGUCAGAAUUAUUACGUUCAGUAAACACCACGAAGUCUGUUUAGGGUACAAAUACACGCAACUGAUUUUACCAAUUCCACUUCAUGUAACUCCAGCAUUUAGUACGCGAUUAGUAACUUUGAAGUGGCGUCUGCACUUUGAGUUUGUCACGAGUACGAGUAAAGAUUUAGAAUCGCCAGGUCUUGAGCAAAGUGGCUGGCAAGCCCCGUCUGAAAUACCCAUUGAAACCAUGGUUUGGAGUUUGCCCAUAAGGUUGUACUCCACCACUCCCAUCCACGUGGCGCAAGGUGUACAAGGCAACACAGUCCAUAAACUAGUGAUAAGGUAGUCAAAUAAAACAGUCACUCUUUAUUAAAAUAUGUAUUAACAAUAUCUCCCAUACAUGAUACGACCCAAAUAAAAAAUCAGUAAACAAGUAAAUUUAUAAUGGUGAAUAUAAACACAUCAUUGUGAUUUUAAACAUAUAAUAAUUAAUAAAAGAAAAGUAAGACUGUA